UCUUGCUUCCUGCAAGCCAGCUGGGAGAGGAAGCUGGAGGGGAGAGGAAUGGGACCAACAGGAGUAGCUGUCCUGGCUGCCGCUGUCCUCCUGGUCAUUCAGGUCUCCGAGGCCAUUCUCCCCGCAGCCUCCAACUGUUGCACUGAAAUGUCCCAUCAGAUUUCUAGAAGACUUUUGGCAAAAGUGAAAAGAUGUCACAUUCAAAGAGCUGAUGGAGAUUGUGACCUGCCAGCUGUUAUCCUCUAUGUCCAUCAUCGAAAAUACUGUGUCAGCCCACAUAAUCACACUCUUAAGAAAUGGAUGAAAAUGCAAAAGAACAAGAAAAAUGCAAAAGGAAGUAUUUGUAAUAGAAAGAAACACUCCUAUAAGAAGAGGAAGAACAAGGUGGCAAAGCAAAAACACCUUCAUAAAUAUGGACAGAAAACCGCUUAUUAACAAAUGUGUCUGCGAAGGGCUUCCCUUCAAUGAACCUGGCAAAUGACCGAUUAUAUGGAUUUACUAUAAGUUAUCCAGAGCCAAAUGUUUACUCUUAGAAGCUAAAAGUUCCCAAGGAGAAAGGAACAGUAGUCAAAUGUUUUCUGCAAUAUACGAAGUAGCUAAUAAUAACCUAAAAUAGGAAAAAAAUAUUAAAAAUGUUAUCUGUCUUAGGAGUAGAGGAAAGCCAUUUUUAGUGGGGAAAUUGAUGCCAAAUUAUCAAUUUUUUAAAAAUCAAGACUUAUUUUCUCUUGUGAUUUCACUCUUCCCCCAAGGUCAUUAACCAUUAAAAUGCUUUAAUGCUUAAUCUGGUUCCCCUGCAUAUCAUUAAUUUGUUUCUACACUUUACACCCAUUCCUUUCUUGUCAACUGAGGUUUAGCUGAUUUAACAAUCUGAUUUUUUAUUGGAGGGCAAGAACCAGUGAGUCCUUUAUUCAGUGCUCUAAGCAAUACUACCGGUAAAUAUUGCUGUAGGGCUGAUCUGGGCAUGGAAUUAGGAACCUAAUUAGGAAUUAGAAGUAGGAACCUGAAAGCGAAUCAUUAGCAAAAAUACACUGAGAGCAGGCCUUGCAUUAUAAUGGAAAGUACCAAAGCAAAGGGUGUGGAGAGAAUGGGAGAGAAUUUGUUUUGGUUGUAACAUAAAACAUAAAGGGAAUCUCUGGAAUUUUUUUGCUCGGAAGCCCAGAAUUCAAAUUUAUUUCUGUUAGAGUUGAUAGUUACAUUUUUAGUUUUAAUGAUAAUUUGAAAAACUUAAAAAACUGUAAAAAAAAUACAUAAUUUGUACAAAUAUUGCCAAUGAAUCUAUAGAGAGAUUGAACAGACUCAAUUCUGAUUGUGUUAAGAUUUAUUCAUGAGUAUUUGGGGGACAGAAUUUAAUUGUAGGUAUUGGAAUUAAUUAGAUAGUCUUCAUAGGUAAGCCUUUCAUUUACAAAUGUACAACCUCUUUGUUUCAUUUUAACCCACUGUGUUAGUAUAUAAGGCUUAAAAAGUGCUUCCUUCACAAUAAAUAAAGGCGGUGUAAAUACUA